AUGACAAGGUUCCCAUCAAGUGGGAUAAUCACUGCCUGGUGUGCAACUAUUACUCCGAAUCAUUGGCUGAAAAUGAUAGUGUUCUUGACAUUAUAUUUCACUUAUUUGGCUAUGGCUAUUCCAUUUUUGAUGCCUGUGGUUCGAUUGUUCAUCGUAUUGUUUCCAAGUAAUCAUAACGAGAUAAAUGCAAAACUAGUCAACAUCGGAGUUCCAUUGUUCCUAGUUUACCCAAUCUGCUUCACAUUUUAUUUUAUACCAGCUCUCGGAAUAUGUAAACAAGCUUCAUUCCCUUAUCCAUUUGGAUCAGUGACAAUUUAUUACACUCAAUCUGCAUUCGGACUUCGUAACGGUUACUUCCAUCUCUAUAACCUCGUGUUCUGGAUGUCUGCUUCCGUCGCUGCCAAUGUGAUUCUCUUUUGUAAAGUUGUAAAGGCAAAAUCGAAAUUGGUGAACAAAAGUAAAUCAUCAUACAAAGCAGAGUUGUCAAUGACGAUUACCACCUUGUCAAUGAUUGCUUCGUAUGCAAUCAAUGGCAUUUUUCUGAUCCUGUACAUCUCUUUCGCCGGGACUCAUGACUAUGUAUCUUAUGCUGAAAUCGUACGUCCAUUUGGAAAUGAUCUACAGACUUGUGUAACUACUUGGUUGUUUUAUUUGACUCAUCCAGUAUUCAAGAAACCUUCAACUGAUAUGGAAGCAAUGUUCUCCACAAGUUCACAAAAGAGAACCACCAAAAGAACCACUGUUUGA